AUGGCUACUACAAGGCAUCGUCAAUCAAGCACAUCAACAUUAGAAGAUGACGUCAAUUCAUACUCUGAUGUGGAUGAAAUAUUUACUAAAUUAAAUAUUUCCCAGAUCCAUCAAUUGAAUAAAAAGUAUAGAAAUAUAAUAGAGGAAACCAAAUCAAAUUUACAUGAUCUUGUUGGUAACAAAUAUCGUGAUUUGAUCAAAAUAGCUGAAGACAUAGGAGAUAUGUAUCAACAUUCAAGUGACAUAGAUUUGAAGGUUCAACAAUUGUCGUAUAAGCCGACUAAAUUUGUCUCAAUCUACCUGGACAAUUAUGGUAAAUUUGACAGCUAUAUGAGAAAACAGAAUGCAUUACAAUCGCAAAAGGAUUCACGUUCGAUUAUUGUUAGAAAUGUGAUAAACAAAAAAUUGAGGAAAUUGGACCAAAAAAUCAAAUUGGGGAAAUCACCUUUAGUUCAUACCUCUAAUUUCAUUUACUAUGCAAAAGUAUAUUACACCAUAGAAAAAGCAUUCCUGGAUAUUAUCAAUACGGACAAUAACAUACGUGAAAAAUACCAUGAAUUGAAAAGAAACUUUAAAAAUUAUUUGGAAUAUGAAAUAUCUGCAUACAAUUUGCCAGAGUCCAUUCUUCAUGCCAAUGACAAAUUCAAAUUUAACCAACGCUUGAAUACCAAGGAACUCAUCAUGAGAAACCCACAGGUUUUAUUACAAGAGGACCUAGACUUGGAAUUUGAAGAAGAGGAUAUCGAAGCAGAAGAAGAACAGGAAGAUACCGAAACAGUCAGAAAUUCUGAGAAUGCGUUUGAAGUUGAUGAAGCUGUCAAUUCUAAACUUGAAUCUUAUGAUAGAAAUACCCUGGCACUCACCAACUAUUUGAUUAGUUAUACCAUAUUGACUGGGGAAAGUAAUUUGACGAAAUCAAAAUUUGUUGAACUAAGAUACUUGUUUUUGCAGGAAUUGUUUAAACAGCUUGAUAAUGAAUCUCAACUUGAUCAUAUUAACUUUUACCUAAUUUUCAAGUAUUUGGAACACACAUUUGUUUAUUUUGAUAAUUGUUUUCACAAAACGACCAGUGAUUAUCACCGAUUAUUGUCGCAUGUGACGAAGCCAUGGAAUGCAACCGCAUUAAUAGGCCACAGAGUUUGGAUUGAAGAUAAAUUGAUUGAAUUUGAUCGUGCCACUCCCAACACUCCAUUUGAUAAACUUAGAAAAUUUACAGAAAUAUCGAAUUUACUAUUCCAGUUUGUUUUGAAUAUAUUACCACAAGAGAAUACGUUUGAAAAUUUAAGUUUAACCGUAUUUAUAUUCCAUAACUUUCUUGUUAGUUUGAAAAAAUUACAAGAUUCAUUGGAGAUUUCUGGAAUGGAUUCUAAAUUUAUUCUAUUGAUUUCACAAACAAAUUUACUUUUUGACUUAUUAACAAAAGUAAGUUCCUUUAUGAAUUCUUCGUAUUUGAAACAUGUUUCUUAUUUAACUGAAGAAGGUGGAUUGUCUCAGAUUAUUAGUAAGAAUUUACAAUCAGACGCUCCCAAUACCGAAAUAUUGCAAUUGUUUACUCCAGAGUUUGUCAAUUUGAUGGACCAUGAUAUUGACAAAUAUAUAAACAUUAUUUCUAAAACCCAAGAGUCACAAAACUCUGGUGAUGCCAUAAGCGCAUUAAAUGCCUGGUUUGAGAGAUGUGGGAAAUACCUUAAAAUUGUUAACCAUGACUCUAAAAAUCUUUCAAUUUCCAAACUAGAUGUAUACAGAUGUAUACCCCAUUUACACACACUACUUUCCAACAUAUCAUGGGGGGAAUUUACAGUGAAAAAUAUAGAUGAUGUAUUGGCACAGUUAUCGACAACUAUGGGUGAUUCACUUUGGCAGCAGAUUACCAAAUUUGUUGAUUUUAUGUCCGAUGCUCAAGCCGAUUUGAAAUCACCAGAAAAAUUGGUUUAUGUUAUUGGAAUCAUUAAUCAACUUAAAGUGAAAAUUGCCAAUUUGGAAAUUCCCACCACAACCACCACUGAUGAUAUUAAAGAACUUGUUAACAAAUUAAGUUAUCUGUUAUUUGGUAAAUUGGUUGAAUCAAUACCAACUGAUGAUUUCUAUUCAUUGGUUGAUGAAUCUAUACUCCAAAGUGCCACCAUUGAGACAGUUGAUAUACCAGUUAGACCAAGCCUAAAACUUGUACAAGCACUUUACAAGUUAUCAAGCAAUUAUUUAAGUGUAGCCCAAAAUUCCAAUAAUUCGAAUAUUUACCUUGAAUCUCGAGUGACUGAAGAUUUCAUUAAAUGUAAAAAUAAAUGGUUUCAAGAAUAUUUGAUGGAAAAGGUGUUUUUAAAUGGAAUUGAAAAGAGUAUUAAGAAUAAAAAUGAAAAAUCGCACAACAGUACUGCAAUCAAGGAUGAUAACGAUAGUGAUGGAAAAGAAUUAUCAGAGAGAACCAUGGAAGAUAAGAUAAUCAAUUUAGAUGGUACUAAGAUAGAAGCAAAAGAAGAAAAUAAGAGAAAGAAAACAACUAAAGACAAGUCAGACGAAGAAACAAAAGAUGAAUCAGAGGAAAAGAUAGAGGAUAGAACAGAUGAGUCUAAUAGAAUUAGUUUGGAUCAAGUUGAAGAAAAUGCCAACCAAUCGGAAUCAGAAUCUAAAGAUAAAGAACCAGAGCUGAAUGAAGAAGAUGUUAAUGUUGAGGAAACAAAGCUUGUUAAUGAAACCACUCCAUUAUCUAAAACCCAAGCAUUAAAUAUACUAGCUAACUAUACAUUUCUAUUACACUUUAUUCACUCAAGGGUUGAUCUUAACGAUAUCGAAAGUAUUACUGAGCUAAUUAAAACCCAUUAUGGAGGAGAGAUUGAAAUCUCUUCGAUAAAAAUUGUUAUUGAUGGGGUUUGUUCCUUUUUCAAAUCCCAAAAGAGUGUUUAUUUGCCAUUACUGAUAAUAAAUUAA